AUGUAUAAAUUAUAUUUAUUGUUCGUUUUAUCGCUAGCUGGUGUGUUAGCGAAAAAUGAAGACUACAUUGGACAUGCUCUCUACGAAGUAAAGACCUUCAAUGAUGAACAGACGCAAUACCUAGACGUUCUAGUGGAAAGGCUAAACUUGGAUGUAUGGCGAAAUGCCAUUCCAAGGCUAGAGACAGGUCUUAUCUUGGUACCUAGAGACCUGAAGGUGGUGUUCCAAACAGAACUGUUUAAAGCUCAAAUUGAGUAUGAAGUGAAAUCUGCGAAUAUUAAGGAACAAUUAGAUUUAGAAGAUGAGCUAAUGUCAGCGGCAGCGGCAGCAUCCAGAAGUAACAGAUCAAGUUUAUUUCCCUUUGAUGUCAUCCAUAGAUACGAUGUUGUCAACAACUACAUGAGAGACAUUGCUAACCGAUUCCCUAGGAUAGUAACUAUGCAUUCAGCUGGUAGAUCUAUUCAAGGUCGAGAAAUUAAUUAUUUAAGAAUAUCCAAUGAUAAUUUCCAGUCCAGAACAAAACCAGUAAUCUUCCUACAAUCCCUUCUACACGCGCGAGAGUGGGUAUCCCUUCCAGCAUCUCUCUACGUCAUUGAGAGUCUUCUGGGUAAAGAUGCAAGCCUUGUGAGGGACAUUGACUGGAUUAUCAUGCCUGUUGCUAAUCCAGAUGGAUAUGAGUUCACUCACACUAACUCACGUCUAUGGCGUAAGAACCGCAGAGUGAACUCUCUCCCUGGCUGCCCCGGGGUGGAUUUGAACAGGAACUUCGACAACAGCUGGGGAACCGCGUCCAGCAGCCUCGCCUGCUCCGACACCUUCCACGGCACCGGUCCUUUCUCUGAACCAGAAACACAAGCAAUUAGAAGUGUAUUAAACCAGGUCAAGAAUAGACUAGAACUAUUUAUUGAUAUCCACAGUUUUGGCAGCAUGAUCCUCUACGCUUAUGGAAACAGACAACUCCCACCAAAUGCCCUAAUCCUGAACAUGGUUGGCGUCCGAAUGGCUCAAAGCAUUGAUGCAGUUAAGUGGGGUCAGCACCCUAACUAUAGAGUAGGAAAUAUUGUUGAUGUUAUAAGAUACACAGCAUCUGGAGGUGCCAGCGAUUAUGUGCAAAGUUUCGGUGAUAUUCUCUCCUAUACAUAUGAACUACCAGCUUACAGAAAUAGGCAAGAUAUUAAUGGUUUCCUGGUCGAACCUGAAUUUAUAAGACAGGCUGGAUUCGAAACUUGGGAAGGUAUUAAGGCUGGUGCGGCGUAUGUGCUACAAAGAACCAGAAUAAAGAACUCGAACUAAUGUUUUCUGUUAAAUAAAGAUUUGAUUUGUACCUUAACAUAAUACUAUUUAUUUUCCUAAUAAAGAUUUGAUUUUUAUCUUAA